CAUUCUUUCCUCUCAUUAUUCUUCUCUUUGUUCUUAUCAUCUCUGUUGCCAUAUUUAAUCAAAACCAUCUCCAUGAUCUCUUCUUCCAAACCAAUUACCUAUCAAUUCAUUCUACUACUACUACUGCUGCUGCUGCUACUUCUAAUAAUAACAUUUUAAUUCAUCAUGAACCUCCUUCCUCAUCAUCAUCUCUUCUUCCAAACAAUGGUAUACGUUCUCAACAUGAAUCCUUUUCUACUAAGAAGCACUCUUACAGGGUGAAGAUGGGUGAAAUAGAAGAGGAUCUUGCAAGAGUGAGGGCAUCUAUUAGGAGAGCUGUUCUUUUACGUAAAUGCACUCCUGGCAAAUUGAGGGAUCAUCAUGACUUUGUUAUACCUAGUGAGGGUUCUCUUUCCAUAUACCGGAAUGUCUAUGCCUUCUAUCAGAGCUACAUAGAGAUGGAGAAGAGAUUCAAGAUAUGGACAUACAAAGAAGGAGAGCCCCCUAUAAUGCAUGGUGGACCAGAAGCAAGCAUAUAUGCAAUUGAAGGACACUUCAUGAGUGAAAUGGAGGACAAGAGGAACCCUUAUGCAGCUAAGAACCCUAAUGAAGCUCAUGUGUUCCUCUUUCCCUUCAGUGUGGCAAACAUAGUGAGGUACCUUUAUAAGGAUGGCCUUCUGAACUUUUGGGACAUUCUUAGGAGUCCUAUCUCAGACUACAUCACUGUUAUUUCAAACAAGUAUCCCUUUUGGAAUAGAUCUCUUGGUGCUGAUCAUUUCAUGGUUUCUUGCCAUGAUUGGGGUCCUUAUCUAUCAGGUGCAAAUGAAGAGCUGUAUGACAAAUCCAUAAGAGUUCUAUGCAAUGCUAAUAAGUCAGAAGGUUUCAAACCAGAGAAAGAUGUGACACUCCCGGAGGUAAACCUACCUGAUGGCUUUUUAUCAAAUGCCACCACAAAGCCUUCCUCCACAUCAAGGUCCAUCCUUGCAUUCUUUGCAGGUGGUGCUCAUGGUUUCAUCAGAGAGUACUUAAUGCACCAAUGGCAAUCAAAAGAUAAAGACCUUUUAGUCUAUGAAUACCUCCCAAAGAACCUUAACUACAUUGAGUUCAUGGCCAAAUCUAAGUACUGUUUGUGUCCAAGUGGUUAUGAAGUUGCAAGUCCUAGGAUUGUGGAGUCUAUUUUCAUGGGAUGUGUUCCUGUGAUUAUUUCUGUUAAUUAUUCACUUCCUUUCAGUGAUGUGCUUGAUUGGAGUAAGUUUUCUGUGGAGAUUCAGGUGGAGAAGAUUCCUGAGAUUAAGAGAAUCUUGGAAGAGAUUCCAGUGGAUAAGUUUAAGGAAUUGCAAGAAGGAGUGGAGCAAGCUCAGAAGCAUUUUGUGCUACAUAGGCCUGCCAAGAGAUUUGAUUUGUUGAGUAUGGUUUUUCAUUCUAUUUGGUUGAGGAGGCUUAAUUUGAGGCUUCCUUAUUGAUUGAUCUUGUAUUUUUGUUGUGUUUUAAUGUUUUU